AUGGAAGAUUACAAUAAUACAGAGUUUGAAUCCCUUUUGUCGGAUAAGUAUUUCAAAGAAUUGGAAGUUGCGGUAAAGGCAGUGCAGAUGGCGUGCUUGCUCUGCCAGAGAAUUCAACAAAGUUUACUUUCUAAAACAAAUGACCACGUACAAUCCAAGGAUGAUAACUCCCCUGUUACAAUUGCGGAUUGGAGUGUCCAAGGAAUUGUGAGCUGGGUACUAUCCGAGUCUCUUGGUAGUGAUAAUGUAUCCAUUGUUGCUGAAGAAGAUGUUCAAGUACUAUCCAAGGUUACCGCGAUUGGGUUAUUGGAAGCAAUAGUGAAGACAGUUAAUGAGUGUCUGGCCGAAGCACCCCAGUUUGGACUUAGAGCACCGGUUAUGGCUCUCAGUACUUCAGAGGUUCUCGAAGCCAUUGAUAGAUGCAACUCAAUGGGGGGCUCUAGUGGAAGAUUUUGGGUGCUGGAUCCUGUUGAUGGCACAUUGGGAUUUCUACGUGGGGAUCAAUAUGCGAUUGCACUUGCUUUGAUUGAAGAUGGAGAACCUGUGCUUGGAGUUCUAGGAUGCCCAAAUUAUCCUGUGAAGAAGGAAUGGCUGAGUUACCAUAAUGGCUAUCGUAGAAUUGUAUCUAACUUAACGUCACUGUCAUCUGAAUCUUGGGAUAGAGGUUGCGUGGUUUAUGCAAGUCAAAAUUGUGGUAAUGCUUGGAUGCAGCCAUUACUCCAUAAAGAAAAUAAAUUUAUUUGGCCGAACUCUGCAAAGCAAAUCAAAGUCUCCACUGUUGAUAACCCAGCAUUGGCGACCUUUUGUGAACCAGUUGAAAAGGCUAAUUCAAGUCAUUCCUUCACAGCAGGAGUAGCUCACAGUGUUGGACUUAGGAAUCAACCAUUACGUAUUCAUUCCAUGGUAAAGUACGCAGCCAUAGCCCGAGGAGAUGCUGAAGUAUUCAUGAAGUUUGCCCGGGCAGGCUACAAGGAGAAAAUAUGGGAUCAUGCUGCUGGUGUUGUUAUCGUUCAAGAAGCCGGUGGUGUGGUAACUGAUGCCGGAGGUCAUCCUCUAUGCUUUUCUAAAGGUCUGUACUUGGAAGGUCUCGACCGGGGUGUAAUUGCUUGUGCUGGAGCUAAAUUACAUGAGAAGAUUGUCAAGGCUGUUGAUGCUAGCUGGAAUUCUUCUAGCCUUUAA